UUUGGAUACUGCAUGGCAAACAAGCUGACCCACUCGAUGGAGUAGAUACUCAGUUCACCGGUGUAAUGGCCCAUAUUUAGGAGACAGAUAUCAUAUUAUCUAGACAGGCAUCGUGUCUUCUGGCAGAAUCGCAGCAGCGUACUAUGUGAACGCACACGCACUAUUCAGUAUUCCACCAUGAUGUUUCGAGGUCGCCAUCUCGGGCAUGUGUUCCAAAAUGUAUGAGAUACUCGUCGUAUCUAUCUUCUCUUCUCACAACAUGUCACAGUGCGGUAAGGCCCUCAGGCAACCAGUGCGCCACCUGUCACUUCUGGAGUAUCAUUCGCACAAGCUCCUCUCGCAGGUAAGACACUCCCCUGGACGAGCAGACACAUAGGCCGGCAGAUUGACGAGGGCGGGGUCAGUAUGAAAUCCCUGUGCCCACUGGGGUGGUGGUGGAUACACCAGAGCAUGCCCGGUCGGUCGUAUCAGCGAUAGGUGAGAGACUACAGGGGAUAGGCGCAUCUCCCCCACCUCGCUAAUAGAUUUAUAGGUGCGCCAUCUAUGUUGAAGUCCCAGAUCCUGGCGGGGGGACGUGGCAAAGGAAAAUUCGAUACCGAUGGGAAAGGUGGUGUCCGUAUGGUGUCGACGUAGGCCUACACCUCUCCCAACUCUACCAUGAGUCUGUUGGAUAACGAUGGUGACUAGCCCGGGCGAGGCGUUCGAAAAUGCGUCGAAGAUGCUCGGUCACUACCUCACGACCAAACAAACACCGCCGAAUGGCCUGUUGGUGAAGAAGUUAUAUAUCUACAAAGCCGAGGAUGUGGCUCACGAGUAUUACGUCGCCGUCACUUUCGAUCGCCAACAGUCUAGCCCCGUCCUCUUGAUAUCUGGCGAAGGCGGGGUGAACGUGGAAUUCAAGGCCGAUCAACUACACCGGUUUUGGUUUUCUCCGUCCAGGGGUGUCACGCCAGACCUUCUUGCAGCCGUCCGAUCAAGGCUGCUUUUUUCCACGGCCGAAAUGCCCAUAAUCGAACGGGUCAUCCAGCAGUUGGUGAAAUUAUUCGUCGAAAAAGACGCCAUUUUGCUCGAGCUAAACCCAUUGGCCCUGACCCCCGAUGGCCGAUUCGUUUGCCUGGACGCCAAGUUUGAUCUGGACGACGCUGCUCGAUUCCGGCAGCAAGGGUUGUACAGUCUAGAGGAGCCUACCCCCGACCUGGCGGAGGAGUACGAGGCGUCGCGACACGGGCUGGUGUACAUUCGCCUCGAUGGCAACAUUGGCAACGUUGUCAACGGGGCCGGUCUAGCCAUGGCGACCAACGAUCUGAUCAACUUACAUGGCGGAAAGAGCGCCAACUUCCUAGAUAUCGGGGGCAAGGCGACGGGGGAGACCCUGCGGCAGGCCGUAGAGAUGCUGAACCGGGAUCCCCAUGUCCAGGGCAUGUGGAUCAACAUCUUUGGUGGUACGUGUCCCGCAGGAGGGGGACCAUCGCGUAGGAAUGCUCACUUUGGACCCAGGGAUCGUGCGGUGCGACAUGAUUGCUCAGUCGAUUGUCGACGCGGGAUCGGCCAUGGGCGGGUUCAGGAUGCCCGUCGUCGUGCGCCUACAGGGAACCAACAGCGACGAGGCCCAGCAAAUCGUAUGCCACUGCGUCCCCCCUUGGAGACAACUGGAGACAAUGGUCUAACUCUCGUUGUGCCGCAGAUACAAAAGUCCGGGAUGGAUCUGCAUACGGAGUCCGAUUUCGAGCUGGCGGCAGAGAGAAUCAUUGAGCUGACACCUCGAUGUAGUUAGUGGGAUGCGGAGACGACGCUGAUCGUGUCAUUGCGGGGCCAGCUUGUAUCACCAAUCGCAGGCAUUACCAAACCAUCGAGACAGGUUAGAAGCCGCUGCUGCAUACGUCGUUUGUUGUCUUGUCCGACUCGUCAUGGGAUGUCCGCUUUUGAAAGGUGGCAUUUAGGGCACGCACUGGACGGCUAAACCCACUCGGGGGGGAAAACCCAGAAUCUAAUCCAGAGAUUGGUUUUC